GAGAUAAAAGGAUAAGCCAAAAGACAUGCCAACCGUCGGAUUCCAAAUAUCGCACAAACCAACCGUGGAUCAUAAACAGAGCACAACAACCACAUGAAUGGUUCCCAAACGAAAUACAUAUGAAACAAGCCAUUCACAAAACAAAAAAACCAACCACAUUUUCAUCUUCAAUAAUCAAUCUAUUUUUUUUUUCUUUGUCACCACCGCCAUAAGUAGUUCAACAUGACCACCGUUACAACACAGGCUUCUGCGGCCAUUUUCCGGCCAUGUGCUUCGAAAUCGAGGUUCCUUACCGGAUCAUCCGGUAAACUGAACAGAGAAGUGGCUAUUAGACCAAUUGGUUUUUCUCCUUCUGCCUCUUUUAAGGUUGAAGCCAAGAAAGGAGAGUGGUUACCUGGAUUGUCCUCCCCAGGUUACCUCACUGGCAGUCUUCCUGGUGACAAUGGGUUUGAUCCAUUGGCACUUGCUGAGGAUCCAGAGAACUUGAAAUGGUUUGUUCAAGCUGAGCUUGUGAAUGGACGUUGGGCCAUGUUGGGUGUUGCAGGGAUGUUACUCCCUGAGGUAUUCACCAAUAUUGGAAUUAUCAAUGUUCCAAAAUGGUAUGAUGCUGGGAAAGAAGAGUACUUUGCUUCAUCUUCAACCCUCUUUGUGAUUGAGUUCAUUCUGUUCCAUUAUGUUGAGAUAAGAAGAUGGCAAGACAUUAAGAACCCUGGUAGUGUUAACCAAGAUCCUAUCUUCAAGCAAUACAGCUUGCCUCCAAAUGAGGUUGGAUACCCCGGUGGCAUUUUUAACCCCUUGAACUUUGCACCAACUUUGGAGGCUAAAGAGAAGGAACUUGCCAAUGGGAGAUUGGCAAUGUUGGCAUUUUUGGGAUUUAUAGUUCAGCACAACGUGACAGGCAAAGGACCAUUUGAUAACCUCUUGCAGCACCUUUCUGAUCCAUGGCACAACACCAUUAUUCAAACACUGAGUGGCAACUAAAAACUUUGUUGUAUUCAAUUAAUGACAUGAAAGCCUAUUUUCUAAUGUAUGAAAGACAGUUGGGCAUGAUUGUUAAAAUCCAUAAUCUAUUUUCAUGUACAGAGGAACUAAGAUGGUUUGAUAUUGUUCUUUAUAUUCUCAAGUU